AUGGCUCCACAGACUCCAGCAUCCUCGUCCGCCAACCUCCCGGCAACAAACCCUCCUGCAACCCCGGCCCCGGUCCAAAUAGCCGUGGGACUCAUCGACAAAGACCUCAAGGUUCCCCUUCCCGAUUCAUUCAAGGGAGAACGUUCCAAAGUCAAGGCUUUUGUCAUGCAAUGUGAACUCUACAUCGGAUUCAAUGUUAGUCGCUUCAGCUCGGAAGUCGAACAGGUCCUCUGGGCAACUACCUUCUUGAAGGCGGGAGCCUUUGAGUGGAUCGAGUCCUUCUUGGAAGACUAUAUGAACAACAGGGCAGCGAAUGGACGACCUUCCACUCGCUGCUCCACCGACACGAAGGAGAUUUUUGGGAGCUGGGCAGGAUUUAAGAAACGUCUCAACAGGGUCUUCGGAGACCUGGACAAGAAACGCAAUGCAGUACGAAUUCUUCGCAGUCUCAGACAACGUAGCUCCGCAGCCAUCUACACAGCAGAAUUCCAGCAGCACAUGGGACGUACGGGAUGGGACAGUGACGCACUAAUAGAUCAGUACUAUCAGGGCCUCAAGGACCAAGUGAAGGACGAAAUCUCAAGGACCGAUUGGCCGGAUGACUUGACAGACCUCGUCGAUCUCGCCAUCAAAGUCGAUAAUCGCUUUCACGAACGACAAAUGGAAAAGCGUGGCAGUUACUCCUCUGGUCGCGAUAGGAAAGCGAACCAACCCAGAAGGGGCAACUACUGGCCACAACCCAUGGAGUUGGACGCCACUAGCCGUCGUACUAGCCCUUCCCAGAAAGAGAAGCAACGACGAAGAGAAAAAGGAUUGUGUUACGAGUGUAGACUUCCAGGUCAUCAGGCCGCUUCCCAUCGAAAGGGAAAGCAGCCGGGAAACAAGAAACCCUGGAAAGGGAAGCUUCGACAAGUUAACGCAACCCGACAAGUGAAUGCUACUCAUCGAACCCCUCUUACCGAGGAGGACCUCGAAAGCAUGUGCAUUCAUAGCCAGCUUGGGGCUAUGGAAGCCCAGCAGACUAGCAACCCUUCCUUCCAACAGGAAACGGAAGUAGCCGUUGAACCUGAAAGAAACGAGGAAGGGACCGAAUCCGAAGACGAGUCUUCUCUGGGCACGCUGCCUCAGGUAUAG